GUCUCGUCUUUGGCUUGAUUCAAUAGGAGUUCUUAUCUGGUGGUUGUGAUGGCCAAGUCUCUGCCCUCAUAAAAGGGGUGGGUACAAGUGCUCCUGUUUAUUGGGGCCUUUACCUAGUCCUCUCGAGUCGACCAACUCUUCACUUGGCAAAAGUCAUGAGGUUCUCAAAGGCCUGUGCUCUGUUCGCACCCGCGGUCGCAUCUGUACAUUCAGUCGUUGGCUGGGGAGUCGUCGGUCACCAAAUCGUAGCGACCAUAGCCGAAAUAUUUCUGACAGCCAAUUCUCGUUCAGCCAUCUCCACCAUCCUCCCUCCGGAGACGAACGGCCAUCUAGCGCCUAUUGCAGCAUGGGCCGAUAGGGUUAAAAACCCCUCUACAGCUCCCUUGCAUUUCGCGAACGGAGUGGGGGAUUGGCCUCCUUCGCAAUGUUCGUUUGGGACCAAUGGGUGGACGGAUCCGCAGAGGAAUGUUUUCGUGGGGAUUUUGAAUAAUACGCUUGGGAUUACAGAGUAUGAAGGUGUGGAGAGGGAUCAUGCGUUACGAUACCUCGUGCAUUUCGUCGGAGACUUACACCAGCCGUUACACAUCGUAGGGAGGGACAGAGGCGGAAACGGAGAUCGUGUUCGUUGGAAUCGCAAAAUCACGAAUCUACACUCAGUUUGGGACAAUUCGUUGAUCUCGAAUGCUAUUCUUUCAAUUACCAAUUACACCGACCCUCUGCCUUCCCAACAAAUCGAAUCUGUGCUCACAGGUGCAAUCUACGACCCAUACGUCCGCUUUAUCAUCUCGGAGGGCAUCCUCCAGUGGUGGAAGGAUGAAACUCAUCAUUGGGCUUCUUGUCCCCCGACUUCCUCCUUCGAUGGAUUGCUCGGACCGAAUCAAUCUCCUCGAGACCUAUUCAACAUUAACGGAGACGAAUCACUCGAGGACGCCGUCGACCCCCAAACGCGCUUCGCUCAGAAACUCUCAUCGGACUCUUUCUCGCUACCUCUCUCACCCUCUUCAUCACCCGAGCUCCCUGCCUGUCCUCUUGACUGGGCCAAACCCAUCCACGCCCUGAACUGCAAUCUUCGUUCUCCCCGUUCCUCGCCAACGACUCUCAUCUGGCCAAAAUUCCUAGAUAUCCCUCCUCAUGACGGACCUCCUGAGCGCGUGCCCGCGGGUGAGCUGGUCGAGUUGGACACGCCUGGGUAUGCUGGGAAGGUCAGAAGCAGUUUGUUGGUCGAGAAGUUGUUGGCGACGGCUGGUUGGAGGCUUGCUGCCAUUUUGAAUGAGUUGUUGGAUCCUCAUGGUUCUGGAGUGGACGGCAGUGCGAAGGGAUUGAUGACGGAGCCUAGGGUUUGGGUAAGGAAUUAGUGUGUGUUUAUGGGGUUGUGUUUUGUGUUUGGAUGAUUGCGUGAAUUGAAAUAUUUGUUGCGUUUCAAUCGCGCGUUCUGUCUUGUCGAUCUUGGUCCUCGUUCUCCGCGUAUAUAUUUAGCAUUUUACUAUGAGGCUUCGAUUCCUGAGCCGUUCUCGGAGCCACUCAGCAUGGAUGGACGGGGC